CGCUGCCUGCGCAUUCCCCAUCAGCAGCUAAACGUGGAGGGAAACGGAGCCUCAUCGCGUCCAAACGAAACAGUUUUGAGCGUUCGCGAUUAACUUUAUGAAACAUGACGCUUUUAACAAGCAGGGUGAAAGACAUACACGGCUGAUUUGGGGAGGGAUUUGUGUUUUAACCGAGUAACCUUUCGGAAUACGGAGACGACGUGACCGCAGCUGCAACUUUCUUCGCGCAAUCAGUACGUUUGUUUUGGUAACGUCUGUGUGUCUAAAGGAAAAGUCGCGCAAUUUAUGCGUUCGGAUGGUCUGAAAUCGUUUGAAUGUAGAAACGGAUUCAAAAUUACGCGCGAGUUUUUUUUACGUGUUCAAGUUUCUCAGGACUAACGUUAGAGGAUACUGCGGAGCUGAGUUUGCAAAGUUUGUUGCAGUAAAAGUGCCGUGCCUUUGUGCGACUGCUUCUUUAAAGUAACCAUGGACAAAUUGGAUUUAAUUUCACCCGUCAAGGAUUAAUUGUGAAACCGCAACAAGACUCGAGACCUUGUGUUUACGUCGCGUGCGUGAUUUUCAUGCGCUGAGGAGACUACACCAUUCUGUUGCAGUUCGGAGUCGGCUGGUAACGCAAACAGUGUUUUUGUUGCGAAAAAAUCGCAAGCAUGCCACAGCUUAACGGAGGCGGAGGAGAUGAGUUGGGGGCGAACGAUGAGAUGAUCUCGUUUAAAGAUGAGGGCGAGCAAGAAGAGAAAAUCUCCGAAGACGUGUCGGCCGAAAGAGAUCUGGACGAUGUGAAGUCGUCUUUAGUGAACGAGUCGGAAAACAACAGCAGUUCGUCUGAUUCAGAGCAAACCGAAAGGCGCAGUCAACCGAGAGCUGAUAUUGAAAGUUAUGAGAGAGCCCGAGAGUAUUUUACUGAAGCUUUGAGAAGACAGCAAGAUGGAGGAUUGUUUAAGAGCCCCCAUUAUCCAGGCUACCCGUUCAUAAUGAUCCCAGACCUUGGCAACCCUUACUUGACCAACGGCGCCUUGUCUCCCAGCGCGAGAACGUAUCUGCAGAUGAAAUGGCCUCUACUGGAUGUUCCAGGCACAGCAGCACUCAAAGACUCAAGAUCACCAACCCCUGGACACUUAUCUAAUAAGGUCCCUGUGGUCCAGCACGCUCACAUGCAUCCCCUGACUCCCCUCAUCACCUACAGCAAUGAACACUUUUCACCAGGAACUCCUCCAUCCCACCUCUCACCGGAGAUACUGGACCCCAAGACAGGUAUUCCACGGACCCCUCACCCCGCAGAGCUGUCCCCUUACUACCCCCUGUCCCCUGGAGGCAUGGGACAGAUCCCUCAUCCUUUGGGGUGGCUCGUUCCACAGCAGGGCCAACACAUGUACCCCAUCACUGCUGGAGGUUUCCGGCACCCAUAUCAAGCUCUUGCCAUGAACGCGUCCAUGUCCAGUUUGGUAUCCAGCCGCUUCUCUCCACAUAUGGUUCCUCAUCAUCCUCACAGUCUUCAUCGGACAGGAAUUCCUCACCCAGCUAUUGUGUCCCCGGCUGUUAAACAAGAACCCAACGGAGACCACAGCCCAGCGUCUCACACGAAGUCUCCAGGCCCGAAUAAAAAGGAGGAGGACAAAAAGCCACACAUAAAGAAACCUCUGAAUGCAUUUAUGCUGUAUAUGAAAGAGAUGAGGGCCAAAGUGGUGGCCGAAUGCACGCUGAAGGAAAGCGCCGCCAUCAACCAAAUCCUGGGUCGCAGGUGGCAUUCGCUAUCUCGAGAGGAACAGAGCAAGUACUACGAGCUGGCCAGGAAAGAAAGGCAGCUGCACUCUCAACUCUACCCCGGCUGGUCUGCCCGAGAUAACUACGGUAAGCGGAAGAAGAGGAAGAGAGAUAAUAAGAUAGACUCAACACCAGAGGAUUACUCGGCGCCAAAUAAAAAGCCGUGUGUGCAGUACCUCCCUCAGGAGAAAAUGAUUGACAGUCCUGCCUCCUCCCACGGCAGCAUGCUGGACUCACCGGCCACGCCCUCUGCUGCCCUGGCCUCGCCCUCCGCCCCGGCCGCUACUCAUUCUGAGCAGGCUCAACCGCUGUCCCUCACCACCAAGCCCGAUCGUCAACACCAUCCUCAUUUCUCUCUUCUCUCCAAACCAUCAUCAUCGUCAUCUAUUUCAACAUUUUCCUCCUCCCAACCGAGCAUCUCUCUACCUACAAGCUCCUCAGGCAGUCAGUUGACUCCGCCCCUACUCUCUCGGCCACUCCCCUUUUCUUCUUUGCAUGCCUCCCUCCUGUCCCCGUCUUCCCCAUUCCAUCAGGCUGCCCUUCACUCCCAUCAUGCUUUGUUCCAGUCUCAGCCGCUCUCUUUAGUAACCAAAUCAGCCGACUGACUCUUCAAAAGAAAUUCUCUCGUACUCUCUUUUAAAUAAUGCUGUAUAUUGCUUUUUACCUUUCUGAGAAAUAGAUGUCAGGUUAACUUUUUUGAUAAGUGAAAAGAAAAUAAAUAUUAUUGGUCAAUAUUUGAUCAUCUGCUUUUCUGUGUCUGUAUAAAACAAUGUAUUUUUUGUAAUGUCUACUUUGGAACUGGUUUCUUAUUUGAUGCAUUUAUCCAGUAAACUUGUAUAAAGAAUACAUGUAUUAAAAACUACUUUUAAAAAGACAAGAAGGAACAAAAUAAUUUUAAGCUUGCCUGUAAUUAUUAAUGGUAGUUUUGGAGUUUAAUUAGUACUGGCAAUUUUAUUAGACCUCUUUGCAACGACCCCCCCCCCCCUUCCCCAGUUUUGAAGUGUGUGAACUUGAUAAAUAAAACUUGUAAAUUG